GGAAACAAUACAAGUUCUUCAGCAUUUUUUUGUCUUUUGGCUCAGAGCGAUAUACCUCCCUGUGGGCCUGAGCUUUGAACUAGUUUGUUUUUGCUUUUAAAACUCAGCUUUUGGAGCUCCAGUACAGCACACAGAUAUCCCAGGUUGCUUCAGAGAAAGGAGCCAAUAUGCCUUAUAUCUAUCAAGAUCCAAGUCUUAAAGAAAGCCUUGCCCAGCAGAAAUCGCGAGGCAUUCACUCAUCUGGGAAAACGUAUGAGCAGCUCAAAAAUGACUGUCUCAGAAAAGGGGUUUUGUUUGAAGACGUUGAUUUCCCUGCAAAUGAUUUGUCCCUCUUCUACAGUGAGAAACCCAGUGUUCCUUUUGUGUGGAAAAGACCCAAGGAAAUUGUUGCAGAUCCUGAGUUCAUUCUAGGCGGCGCAUCCAGAACUGAUGUUUGUCAAGGUGACCUGGGUGACUGUUGGCUUUUAGCAGCUAUUGCUUCCCUUACACUGAAUGAUAAGAUAUUACACAGAGUGGUGCCCCCAGAUCAGUCCUUUAGCACUGGCUAUGCUGGUAUAUUUCAUUUCCAGUUUUGGCAACACAAUGAAUGGAUUGAUGUUGUAAUUGAUGAUCGACUGCCAACUUUUAGGAAUCGCUUGGUCUUUGUCCAUUCAGCUGAUCUCAAUGAAUUUUGGAGUGCACUGUUGGAAAAAGCAUAUGCCAAACUGAAUGGGAGCUAUGAAGCUUUAAAAGGUGGGAGUACAUUAGAGGCUAUGGAAGAUUUCACUGGAGGUGUUACAGAAACUUAUGAAACUAGAAGUGCCCCUGCCAAUCUGUUUGAAAUACUGGACAAAGCUCUUAAAAAAGGAUCAAUGUUGGGCUGUUCCAUUGAUAUUACAAAUUCAGCUGAAACUGAAGCUAAAACACCUCAGGGACUGGUAAAAGGUCACGCCUAUUCAAUAACUGGAACAGAUGUGGUAAAUUUCAAAGGCCAGAAAGUAAAGCUCAUUAGAGUUAGGAAUCCAUGGGGGCAAGUUGAGUGGAAUGGUGCUUGGAGUGACAACUCUUCAGAGUGGAAUAUUAUUGGUGCUGCUGAAAAAAAUCGACUGUCUCAGGCAUCCCUUGAUGAUGGAGAAUUCUGGAUGGACUUUGAGGACUUCAAAAAACACUUUGACAAACUUGAGAUCUGUAAUCUGACUCCCGAUGCAUUGGAUGAAGACUCCGAACAUAAGUGGGAAGUAAUAGUACAUGAGGGAAGCUGGAUUAGAGGCUCCACUGCUGGAGGUUGCAGGAAUUUUUUAGAAACAUUUUGGACAAAUCCACAAAUCAAGCUGAGUCUAACAGAGCAAGAUGAUGGUCAAAAGGAGUGCACAUUUAUUGCAGCCUUAAUGCAAAAGAACAGAAGAAAGCUAAAAAAAACUGGAGUAGACCUGCUAACGAUAGGAUAUACUAUUUAUCAGUGUCCUGGAUCUGAGUCAAUCCUGGCAAAAGAUUUCUUCAAAUUUAAUGCAUCUAGGGCAAGAAGCAAAACAUACGUAAACCUGAGAGAAGUGUCCCAGAGGUUCAAGCUCCCACCAGGGGAUUACAUGUUCAUUCCAACAACGUUUGAACCUCAUCAGGAAGCUGAUUUUUGCCUCAGAAUAUUUUCCGAGAAGAAAGCGGACAUAAAAGAGAUGGAUGGAGAAAUAAAUGUUGAUCUUCCAGAUCCACCUGCGCCGACACCUCCUCAAAAAGAAACUGAAGAGGAAAGACAAUUUCGAACUUUGUUUGAGCAAAUUUCUGGACAAGACUUGGAGGUCUCAGCUGAGGAAUUGCAAUAUGUUCUGAAUUCUGUUCUUCGGAGGACAAAAAAUAUUAAAUUCAAGGAAAUUAGCCUUCUGUCAUGUAACAACAUCAUUUCUCUAAUGGAUACUAGUGGCAAUGGAAAACUUGGUUUUGAUGAAUUCAAGAUCUUUUGGGACAAACUAAAGACCUGGAUUGGGAUCUUCAUGCAGUACGACAUAGACAGGUCAGGCACUAUGUCUUCAUAUGAACUCCGAUUGGCGUUGAAAUCUGCAGGUUUCCAUCUCAAUAAUAUUGUGUUGCAACUGAUUGUCCUGAGAUAUGCAGAUGAUCGCUUCCAAAUAGAAUUUGAUGACUUCCUUAACUGUUUGAUUCGCCUGGAGAACUCUUGCAGGGUCUUUAAGCAGUUAAACCAAAGCAAUACAACACAAGCAAUCCAAUUAAACCAAACUGAGUUUAUUGCCCUGACAAUGAAUAUUUAAAGAAGCCAUCCAUCAAGCAAAAUCAUGGAUACUAACCAUAUAUAUCUGUAUCUCUGUUAGUCCUUUAGUGUUUAGUUUUAAUUGUUUAUUAAUGAAAGCAGCUUUGUUUAAAGAGGCACUACAUUUAAAGUAUCUUCAAAAAUUUCCUAGUAGAUAGAAGCACUGGAGGUCUUUAUGAGAUAUAUACGGGCCCCAAUCUGCCUUUUUUUUUUUACUUCUUUGCAUGGCAUCUGGAUUUUACCUGUCCAACACUCUUGGUGAAAAUUUUUAUAAUAAAUUGUAUACAGGUAACUUUCAA